AUGCCGACGGCAAUGGACCUAUGCCGACGGCCCUGGGCCGUAGGCAUAGCCCGCGAGUCCGGUGGUGUACUGGGUAUCAAAAGUUUACCAGAAGAGACAUCAUCAUUCUUCUUGGAGUUUCAAAUAUCUGAUCAGCCAGCAGCAUUACCAAAUGGUUUGUUUCAACAUUCCAGCAACCUUGGUGUACUGACUCUCUGUUGGUGUGCCUUCAGUUUUGCAUCACCUCCUUUCCUAAACUGCCAUAACCUAAGAUUCCUUGGACUAUGCCACUGUACAGAUGACAAAACAGGGGAAGGAGAGGAUCAUACUGAGUGGGUUUGUCUUCAUAGUUUGUGGGUGUUGGACCUACAUUACACUGAAUGGAAUGAAAUCUUAUGGCCGGAAAAGAUGGAUCUCAUGGAUAACCUCAUGACGCUAAGCAUAGAGGGUGUCUGGUGUUGGCAAUACACAACUCACUUACAAGGUCGGCUACCAAACCUUAAAAGGCUUCGGGUAAUCAAGCCUAGUCGUGGACCGGAUAUUUCAACAGAACCAAGCAGGUCCUUCAUGGACAAGGCAAAGCUGGAAAUACUUGACCUGUCUGGCAACAGUGAAAUGAAAAUUCUACCAAACAGCCUAUCUAAAGCAAGUAGCCUUCAAGUGCUUAUUCUGGAUGGUUGCAAUGAGCUUAAAAAUGUUGCUAUCCCUGAUGGGCUACCUCGCUUGCUGAAGUGCUUCAGCCUUGAUGGAUAUGGGCCAGCUUUCGUUCGUACGCCUACUGUCGAGCUACCUCUAAAACAAGAACGUCCUUCGAUCCCAGCAACUAAGGAAGGUGUCAGUAUCUCUAAGAUUUCCCUCGAAAGUUGCUCACAAUUGGAGAAUAUGUUCAUGCGUGGGUUGCCCAACCUCGUUGAGCUUGACCUCUCUGGAACCGCAAUCAAGACACUUGAUUUCAAUACUAUGGUAUUAGAAGUCCCAAUGCUGAAGCAACUAUUUCUGCUAGGAUGUGAGCACCUUCGGGCAAUAAUUUGGAGCUCUAAAGAUAGCUUCCAUUUGAAUUUGUUGUGCAUAGACACACGAGCUGGAACUGGCCAUCCACGGCCAUGCACUGACCCCAAAAAAUCCUUUCGUUUGGAGGUGCAUGCCACUGUUGUGGAUGCCAGGCUUCUUUGGUCGUUGUGGCAUCCAUUAUAUAGUCAUUAUGCAAUUAUUAAGGAUGUUUAUUUUAAUAUCCAUGCCACCUCAGCUGUGUAUAAUGGAACGAUUGAAUCCGAAGUGGCAUACAAGGAGAAGAAGAUUGACAUGUAUGGAGAUCAAGUCAGCCUGUCGCAGCUUGUUCAAGCAGACCGGUAUAGUGAUGUCCAAAGCAUGGCCGGUGAUGCUCCGAUGCUGGCCUUCCCUAAGCCUCUGACUAACAACUUGGAUCGGCAUAUUGAGAUUGCUGAAGGGAGCCACUCCUUUGAGAGUGGACUAUAUGAUAUGAUGAAAUUUUUUGCCGAAUCCCUGCAUGUCCACGAUGUCUCAACUAGUGCUGGUUUGCCUGGGGUACACUGGGAGUUCCUCAGGCAGUGCCGCAUGGAGAGAUGCCCCAAGUUGGGUGAAGUCUUCCAGAGGGGAUCAGAUCUAUUUAAGGAUCUGGAGACCUUCUGGGUGUCAGAUCUCCUAACAACCCGCUGGAUAUGCAGUAAAGGUUACCGCAGAUUCAAUGAUGGUUCGUUCAGAAAACUGCAACACUUACAGUUGCGCUCUUGCCCCAGGCUCCAAUUCAUGCUCCCUGUGUGGGUCGACUCCUUCCCAAGUUUGGAGACCCUCCACAUCAUCCACUGCGGAGACCUCAGGCACAUAUUCGUGCUAGACGAGAAAUGGUACCCAAGGCUGGCCACCAUCCAAGUUGUAGCAUUCCCAAGGCUGACCACCAUCCACCUGCAUGACCUGCCAGUGCUGCAGCAGAUAUCUGAGUUCAAGAUGGUGGCACCGGAGCUCAAGACCAUCAAGAUCAGAGGAUGCUGGGGCAUGCGCCGGCUGCGGGUGGUGUGUGCCCGUAGCAGAGGCAUGAAGAAGCCAUCCGUUGAGAUCGAGAAAGACGUCUGGGAUGCGCUGGAGUGGGACGGGGAGGUGGCCCCUGGCCACUUCGAGACGCCGCUGCACUCACGCUACUACAAGAAGAAACUACCCAGGGUCUCCGUCCUCAGGUGA